AUGGCGCCUCGAGACAUUUUUCACGCACGCGCAAAACGCGUUUUUCCUUCUUUCUUUCAACGUGGUUUAUGAGAGCGAAGGAUGGCUCCCAGGUACGAAUUGGCCGUAGGCCUCAACAAAGGUCACAAAACGACGAAAAUCCGAGUGGCGAAAAACAAAUCCGAAAAGGAAAAAACCGUUGCUAUCCGCCCAGCCAGGCUAAAGGGGCGUCAAACAAAACACAGCAAAUUUGUUCGUGACUUGAUCCGUGAAGUCACCGGGCAUGCUCCUUAUGAGAAGCGUGCUAUGGAAUUGUUGAAGGUCUCCAAAGAUAAGCGAGCCCUCAAAUUCUUGAAGAGGAGGUUGGGAACUCACAUUCGUGCUAAGAGGAAGCGUGAAGAACUUGGUAACAUUCUUGUCCAGAUGAGGAAGGCUGCUGCUCACCAUUAGUAGCUUUUUGUAAGGAUAUACAUUUUAAGUCAAUAAACAUCUUUUGGCAAA